AUGACUCAUCCAAUAGUAAAUAUGAUAUAAACUUAGGGUUAAAAAUGUAAAAACAUAUGCCAUGCUAUAGACUUAUAUGGUGUAAAUCCAAAUUUAUUGAUUUUUGGUAAUCAAAAGUAUUCAAGUCUUCUUGGAAGUCUCCUUACAAUAAUUGCUUCAGCAUUGACUUUUGGAUACUUAUUGUAAUAGGUCUAAGAAUUAGUUUAGAAGUAGCUACCUUAAACAAUUUUAUCAGAACACUUAGUAACAGAAACUUCUGUAUGUAUAUAUAAUAAAAUAUAGCCAUUUGCAUUUGAAAAUCAUAAUUUUACACUAACAAUAUCUGUUGCUAAUAUGGAAUAGAAUCCUUUGAAGACUAUUGAUAAAUAUUUUACUAUUAAAGUUGAAAAUUGUAUAAGAACAAGAUAAUUUAAUACUACAACAAAUAAAAUUGAUGUUGUUAAUACGUAUGUUUAAAAGUUAUAAAACUAGAUGUAUUACUUAUCCAACGGAAGCUUGCACACCUGACCAUUUUAUUACGGAUCUCUAAAAAGAAUAUUUUAGUAAAAUAAGAUUAGGGACUGUAUAAUGUAUUAAAAAGGAUUUUUUAGAAAAUAAACCCCCUGUAAUGAUAUAUCAGAUAUGUAGGUACUAUAAGGGAUUGUUUCAGGAAAUAUCUACUCCUACAUUACUAUUAAAUUUUCAGCAUGUAAGAAUAGUACAGAGAAACAUGAUUGUGCUUCAAGAGAUGAGAUUAAUUAAGAGUUAAUUAAUGGUUAUUAUGUAGUUCAUAUGAGUGAUUCUUUGAUUUAAAUGAGUAAUCCUAAAAGCAUUCAAUAAAAUUUCAUAAAAAUGCAAUUUACAUAAUUCUCAAUUACAUCAUCUAAAACUAUAUACUAAGGAUUUAGGAUUAUUUAAUCAAUGACUGAUGAUGGAGUAUUGACUAAUAAUGUUGUAGAAGAUUCAUUUUUGGUUUAAUAGUAUUAUUAAGAAUCAAAUUCAGGCUAUAAUGAAGAUUAUUUAAUCUUUCAUAGUCUGAUACUUGAUAAUAAAUAUACAAAUUAUUAAAGAUCCUACAUUAAAUUAUUGACUAUCUUAAGUAAGAUUGGAGGUUUAUGGUAAUUAAUAUUUAUAACCUUUGGGAUUAUAUCUAAACCAUUUAUUUUAACUGAAAUGAAAAUCAAUUUAGCAAAUAAAUUAUUUAGAUUUUAGUAAGAGGAAAAUGAUCUUACUUAAAGUAUAAAGAAAGAGGGUAGUAUGAAAUAGAAUUUAGAAAAAUAUUUGUAAAAAUCAUAAUAACAAUUGCCAAAUACAAUAUCAAAUAUUCUACUAUUUUUAUUUGGAUGCAACAAGGCAAAAAUAAAAUAAUUGAAUUAAGCAAAUAAGAAAAUUUAAGAAAAUUUAGAUAUAGUUGAAAUAAUGAGAAGAUUUUAGGAAUUUGAUAAUUUCAAAUAAAUAAUUUUGACAGUUAAUUAGAGAAUUUUAUUUGAUCUUAUUCCGAUACCAUUAAUAACUAGUUUUCAUUAAAAUCAAAUUGAUUCAGAUUAAUUCAAAAGUAAUAAGAUAGAUUAAUAUAGAUUAACAUCAUUCAAAAGAUAAUUUUGAAAGAUUUGUUGAAGCUUAUAAAUCAUUUUUUUUAAUUCGUGAUAUGACUGAGAUCCCUGAAAAUAUUGGAUAAAAAUUAAUUAAAUUUUUAGAUUAAGACAUGAUUAAACUAUUUUAUGAAUAUCAUUUAGAUUCUGAAUAAAGAUAGGUAUUCUAAUUAUAAUCAGAAGAGAGAAAAUCUAAAAUUAUAGUUGAUAGAAAUUAUCUAGAUUCUGAGUCAAAAUUAAGUCUCUCUCCAUGUAAUUCAAAGAGUUAAGAAGUUCAAGCUGUUAAAAUUUUUCUUAAUAAUUAAUAAAUUAAAAGAAAAUUUGAAAAUUUAUAAGUUUGA